AUGGCUGCACCCAGGUUGCCGUUCCUUUGGCCUAUGCUGUUUAAACUGUCUGGAGCUCCGAAAUCACGCGCAUCACAGACAUUAGACAGGCCACUUUUGCGAAACAACCGUCCACGGAGGGGAUGUCGACGAUUUACCACGAACCCCCGCCGAGCCGGGGAAGUGCCAACACAACGUUAUGGCAAGGCCUUUGAGCAUAAAACUGAGGUCGGAGAUAAAGAAAAUUUGCACAUACUUGAGAAACAAGGAGGCAAUGCGCCCACUACGAAACCACCACCAGAGCCCGCACUUGAAAAGACAGAAGAGGAUGAGGAAGAGCCACACGCAUCCGCCACAACGAGUACUACGACUCCUUCAAAAACCAACUCAACCCCCGAAGCCUCGCCCACUUUUCUCGCAGAGUCGGCCAAAACCACCGAUCCUAAGGCCCUCGAUAGCGUACUGCAGAUUCCAACUGUGCAACAGGAGGAAGAAACGAAGCCGCCACAUCUCAAGACUCCUCCCUAUGUCCACCAUUUUGACACAUACGGUCUCGUGCGCAGAUUGUCUCAAUCUCAAUACACACCGGAACAAUCCAUCACCAUCAUGAAAGCCGUGCGACACACCCUGCUCACGAACAUGGCGCUCGCACGCGCCGGCCUCGUCUCCAAGUCCAACGUCGAGAAUGAGACGUACCUGUUCCAGGCGGCGUGUAGCGAAUUGAAGACUGAGAUUGGCAACCGACGGCGAGGCGAGAUUGAGCGCAUGAGGAGCGAUCGGAACCAAUUGCAGCACGAAUUGGAUAUUCUAGGGCAGAGGCUGGGGCAAGAGACAAGUGGACUGAGAGAGGAGUUGAAGGGCCUAUUCGACGACCGAAAAAUGGCUGUUCGGCAAGAGCAAAGGAUGAUGGAGACAAAGAUCCAAGAACUCAACUACAAAAUCACCGUCGCGCUCAACUCUGAUGCACGCUCCGAGGUCGAAGGCCUCCGCUGGGUCCUCACGCGUCGCGCUGCCAUCACAGUCGGCAUUUCGGCGUUCAUGCUGUUUGUCGCGUUGCGUUAUUCCAGCUAUGUGCAGCAUCAACAGCAUCAGCAGCAGGAACAGCGGCGGAAGAAAGCACCGCCACCCCCGUCGCCGUUGGAGGAACUCGCGGAGCCACAGAGGGGACCGCUUGGGGAUCCGAAUAGCGCAAUGGGGAAGCAGGAGGCGCUUGGGGGGGAGCUGUUGGCUACUGAGGGUGUGAGUCUGGGGUGA